UUGUAUUUAAAAAUGUACGUCAGAUAUAUCAAAAUACUCAUUUUACAAAGGUGAUUAACAUUCGCUCAUUGUUCUUAUCAGCCCAUAUCAGAAAGAUAAUUAUGUGAAAAUUAGCUUAUACGACUUAUUAUAUUCUCAUCUACGAAGUUGAGUGGUCAUCUAUCUAGUUACAAAAAUGAUUUUGCAUUUGAUUGUUGCAUUAUUAGUUGGCACUACAGUUGGUAUAAACGCGGAGACAAGAAUCGCCGUCGCUAAUGCUGUAGUAGAUAAUGUUACGAUAGGUAACACUACUAAUAUUACAUUAGUGAUCAGUGUAACAUUUACCGAAGUUGAAGAGGGACUUCAAGUUACCGGCGUGAUAGCUGGCCUUAAGGAAGGUAAAUAUGGAUUCCAUGUGCACGAGUUGGGUAACAUAGCUAAUUGUUCAGCUACAGGAGCUCACUUUAAUCCGGAUGAUACUGACCAUGGUGGCAGAAAUCAUACAGUGAGACAUGUUGGUGAUCUAGGGAAUAUCAAUGUAAAUGAAACUGGCAUUGCUUACCUGAACUUUGUAGACAAAUUGAUAACGCUUAGAGGCAGAAACAAUAUUUUAGGACGAGCUAUAGUGAUUCACGAAGAUGAAGAUGACCUGGGUUUGGGCGACCAUGAAACAUCACUGACUACAGGUAACGCGGGAGCACGUUUAGCCUGCGUCACCAUUGGUAUACAGUCACCAGCGGAUCCGUGGAAUUCCGCUACAACAGCUAUUCCGUCAUUAACAGUACUGUUUCUACUUGUUUUAUUGUGCAUUACUCAAUUAUUCGACACUAUCCACUAACUUUCUUAUUCAUGAUAAAUAUUAGGUAUUCCUUUUCUUCACUUUAAAGAAAUUGACAAGACACUAAUUGGUGGUAAAAUAUUAUGGAUUUUUAUGAAUAAGAUGGUAAAUUAUGUACAUAU